AUGGCUAUAUAUGAUUACGAGGGGCACGUAGAUGAUGAUGAUGUUGAAUCGAAUAAGGAUGUCCCCAUAGACACGGCAUGGGAAUUACAACAAAAGAAGACUUUUACCGCGUGGUGCAAUGCUCACUUAAGAAAUGUUAAUAAACAAAUUAACGUCAUAGAAAAUGAUUUUCGCGAUGGAGUAAUGUUAAUCAAAUUACUUGAAGUUAUCUCUGGUGAAUCAUUACCGGGUCCUGAGAGGGGAAUGCUGAGGUUUCAUAAAAUUGCUAAUGUAAACAAAGCUCUCGAUUUUAUCCAGAGCAAAGGCGUCAAGCUGGUGUCUAUCGGCGCUGAGGAAAUUGUCGACGGGAAUCCAAAAAUGACUCUUGGGAUGAUAUGGACAAUCAUUCUUCGCUUUGCUAUCCAGGAUAUCCAGAUAGAAGAUUCAUCUGCUAAGGAGGGUUUGCUGCUUUGGUGUCAAAGACAGACUGCACCGUACAAAAAUGUGUGCGUCGAGAAUUUCCACACUAGUUUUAAGGAUGGACUAGCGUUUUGUGCCAUAAUACAUAGAAAUCGGCCUCACCUAAUCGAUUACUCUCAACUUAAAAAGGGUGAUCACAUCAAAAAUCUAAAUCUUGCUUUUGAAAUAGCGGAAAAACACCUUGACAUUCCAAAAAUGCUCGAUCCAGAAGAUAUGGCAAGCCGCAAGAACUGUGAUGAGCAAUCUGUGAUGGCUUACUUGUCUUCAUAUUAUCAUGUGUUCUCAGGAUCUCACAAGACUGACAUCGCAGCUACUCGUAUCGCUAAUAAUCUUCGGAUGAUUAGGGAAAAUCAAAAUCUAGAAGAAUGCUACGAAACAAUUUCGACUAACCUUUCGGACUGGAUAAAAAUAAAGCUACGAGAAUUCGGACAACGUGAUCCUCAAACAUCUGUUUCCGCUGUUGAAGGACUACAGCAGAAGUUUAGAUUGUAUUACCGCCAAGAAAAACCAUCUAAGUUACAGGAAAAAGCUCGCUUAGAGACAACCUACAAUACACUCCAGACUCGUCUGCGAUUAAACAAUAAGUCUCCUUAUGUACCAGCCAACGGACGCUUGAUAACGGAUGUUGCUAAGAAUUGGAGUUCUUUAGAACAGGCUGAUAAAAUCUAUGAGGAAUGGCUAUUAGAAGAACUACAAAGGCUAGAGCGUCUUGAAUAUCUGGCUAAGAAAUUCGAGGUGAAAUGCUCCACUCAUGAGGCAUGGACUAAUGGGAAACCAGAAGCGUUGGCUUCAAAUGACUUCCGCUCAGCUAUGCUAUCGGAAAUGAGGGCAUUUCAAAAGAAACAUGAGGCUUUUCAAUCGGACAUGACUGCUCAUCAUGCUCGCAUAGAGCACAUUCAGGCGCUUACCGAAGAACUUAAUAAACUGAAUCAUUUUAACAUAAAUGCUUUCAAUCAACGUUACAAUACUAUUAUAACCACAUGGGAUGAAAUGAAAAAGUUGUCCUCUCAAAGAGAACGAGAAAUAUCUAAAGCUUUGACAGCUCUGGAAGAAAUCGACCAGCUUCACCUCGAUUUCGCGAAACGAGCUGCACCAUUUAACAAUUGGAUGGAACAAACAGAAGAGGAUUUACGAGAUACAUUCAUUGUUCAUACAAUGCCUGAAGUUGAGAGAUUAAUUGCAGCCCAUCAAACAUUUGAAAAUACCUUAGAUGAAGCUGAGAACGAAAGUCGUCAACUCCAGUUGUGUGCACAAAAGGUUGAAGAAAUAGCUAGUGAAUAUAAACUGGUGAAUGCAACUCAAAAUCCUUAUACAAAUAUUGAACCUCAUGUGCUUCCACAGCGUUGGAAUAUGAUUCGUGAAUUAACACAGAAAAGAAGUGCAUUAUUACAUAGGGAACGUGAACGUCAACUAGCAAAUGAGAAAUUACGACGCGAAUUUGCACAGAAAGCCGAAGCAUUCAAUUCAUCUAUUGAAACUCAUCGUACGGAAAUUGUUAAAGUUAGCAUGGAAUCACAUAGUUCACUAGAGGAUCAACGAAAUAAUUUACAGAAAUUGGAAGAAGAAUUAAAUAGGCAUCAGGAUAAGUUGAAUGAAUUAGAACACGUUAAUCAGGCAUUAGAAGAUGCAUAUAUAUUUGAAAAUCCAUAUACUGUUUACUCAAUGCCAACACUGCGCGUUGCAUGGGAACAAUUGUUCACUUUAUUACACUACUCUGUCAAUGAAAUAGACAAUCAGAUAUUAACAAGAGAUUCCAGAGGAUUAACAGCUGAACAAAUGAAUGAUCUGCGUACUUGUUUCAAACAUUUUGAUAAAAAUAAUACUGGACGUUUAGAGCCAAAUGAAUUUAAGGCUUGUCUUGUUUCAUUAGGUUAUAAUUUUAGAGAUGAUAUAAAAAAUUCAUUGCCAAAUCUGGCAUCUGGUUCUCGUGGCUCCGUAUGCGCGGAAACGGAUUUCUCACGUAUUGUUAAUGAAGUUGAUCCCGGUCAUACAGGUUACAUAUCAUUUGAUGCAUUCUUGAACUUUAUGACACGAGAUAAUGUUGACGAGGCAACUGAAGAACAACUUAUUCAAUCAUUUAAAACACUUGGAGGUGAUAAAGGAUAUAUCACUGCUCAGGAUAUCAAAGAACGUCUUUCUGCUAGUGAUGCGGAAUAUUGUUUACAGAAUAUGCCUGUAUUAAAUGGACCAACGGGAGAUUCUGGUGCAUUAGACUUUGAAUCUUUUGCCUACAUUCGAUAUUUCUUUCAGCCCAACCGCCCAUGUUUAUGUGAUAAAACAAUCAACCAAUCGAAGUAUAUGCUUAUGAUGGAUGAUGAUUUUUAUAAUGAUUCAAUUGGAGAUCAAAUUCUUUUGGAAUUAAAUAUCACGAACUUUACACCAACGUUAACUGACAAAAACAAGCAAACUACGACAUCAACUAAAGAUGAAAUUAAUGGUUUAAAUGAUAACUCACAUUCAUUAAUAACCAUACCAGAUCAAUUUCUUGAUUUCCCAUAUCCGAAACCAUAUUCACAACAACUUGAAUUGAUGCAAACAGUCUAUAAGACAUUAGAAUCUAACUGUUGUGGUAUAUUUGAAAGUCCAACUGGUACUGGCAAAUCAUUGAGUCUAUUAACAGCAACAUUACGUUGGCUUUUAGAUUAUAAUGAAAAACAGGUUUUAUUAUUAAAUAGUCUUCAAUCUCAGUUAAAAUUAACGAAUCAUGAAAAUAAAGAGAAUAAUUCUAAGGAAUACGAUUGGAUAGUAGAAUAUGAUAAAAACCGUUUAUUAAAAAAACAAAUUGAACCACAAAUUGAAGAUCUUUUGAUCUAUCAAUCUAAUUUACAAUUAAUUGAGAAAAUGAAAUCAUCUUCCUCAUCAUUACUGUUUAAACAUCAAACUGACUUUUUAAAUGUUGAUGAAAUGACCAUAACUGAAGCGAAUAUUGAAAGUAUUGAUAUUGAGCAAUUGAAAAAUAUAAUAGACAAUACCAAUGAUCAGUAUGACUGCGAUGAUGAAUUAUUUUUAUGUAAACCUGAUGAAAACUUAUUCGAUAAAAAUAAAAUUAUCGAAUUAGAUGAAAUUGAACUGGAACAACAGUUUGAAAGUCAAGAACAACAAAAAUCUGAAAAUGGAUUAUUACAUGUAAUUUAUUGUAGUCGUACUCAUUCACAACUCGGACAAAUAGCCAAAGAAUUUGCAAAAUGUCAAACAUUAUUUAAUAAAGUCACAAUAAUUCAAUUAUCAUCAAGAAAUUUGUUAUGCACUAAUGAAUCCAUUUAUCAGUUAAAACACCCAGAUUUAAUUAAUAUUGCUUGUCUUGAAUUGAAUCGACCGCGUAAUCGUGAGCAAGGUCAAUCGAAAGGUUUCAGAUGUCCAAUGCGUAACUCAGCAGCUGUUAAUAAUUUAUCCAAGCAUCUAUUAAUUGGUAAUUCAGCUUUAAAUAUAACCUGUAGUAUUAGAGAUAGAAAGUCAAGUAAGUCAUCUAAAUCCAUCAAUGUUUUGAGUAAUUCUUUGGAAAAAUGCCAAAAAGACGAGAUGACAGUAAACGAUACACAAUUGUCGUCUCAUAUUGGGUGUCCGUACUACGCUAAUCGUAAGGGAUUACCAUUAGCUCAAUUAGUUUUAGUACCAUAUUCAUCAUUGUUACAACCAUCAAAUCGUUUGACAUCUGGUUUAAAACUAAAAAAUUCAAUUGUUAUAAUUGAUGAAGCGCAUAAUUUGUUAGAAGCAACAGCGUCAUCAAUGUCAGUCAGUUUGUCGUUGGUGAAUGAUUUAUACAAAUUAGAAGAGUUAUUUUCUGGUUAUUUACAAUAUUAUCGUUCACGUUUAUCUUCAUUUCUUACAUUAAGACUACGUCAAAUGAAACAUUUUAUACAACAAUUAAAACUUUAUUUAAAUACUACGCUUAAAAAUAUUCAAUUAUCAUUAUCUUCCAUAUCGGCUAAUGUUAUCAUUAAAACAGUGAAUAAAUUAUUUUCGGAAUCGAACUUGGACAACAUAAAUUUAAGUGAAUUUAUCGAUUGUUUAGAAUAUCAACACUUUAUCAUGAAAUUAAUUGGUUUCUCUAAAUGGUCUAAUAAUAUACAACAAACUCCGAAACAUUUAGAAAAUGUUGCAAUUAACCAAACAGCUUGUUCACAAAUGAGAAAUUUAUUAAACACUAUGAAAAGAAAAUAUUCUGAUGAGAAUAAUCAAUGUGGAGAUACAAGUCAGGUUUGUAUUUCGAAUAAAAAAUCCAAAAUAGAUAUUGAAAAGUCUGAAGGAAUUGGCUCCAGUUUAUUUAAAUUUCAUAGCUUUCUUAAAGCUUUGGAAUUUUGUGAAGAAGAUGCACGUAUAAUUAUUGAACCUGUUAAGAACUCAACAAAAUUAAAUCUAUCAAUCUCCUCAUCUGAUAUGUUGUCUUCAUCAAGUAAUCUUACAGAUGAUACUCAAGAUUUGUGUUUACGUGUGGUAUUUUUAAAUCCUGGAAGGUAUUUAAAAGGUUAGAAACUUUAUUGAAUUUUAUUCUGUGGUAAUAACAUGAAUCUUUGUUUGUCUUAAAUGUAAUCAGUAUGUUGGGGGUUGCAUUAGUUCUCAAAAAUUUCACUAGAAUCAGCCAAGAUAUGGAUUUUUCAAUAAGCGCUAUUUUGAAUCUUCAGUUGUGGUAUUUAAUGUUCAGCUAACUUUACAAUACAUCUGGUUGAUCACCGUCCGUAAGAAAUAGAUUGAAU